ACAGGUCAGAUACAACAGCAGUAUAACUACACAGAGGAUGACCUUCUUCAAUCAGUGUGUGAACAAGACAGUGGAUGGAGUUAUGUCAACGGAGAUGAAGACGGAAAGCAUGUCACUGCAGCCUCUGGCCACAUCAGGCGGCCCAAAACCGCAGCUGCUGUGUAUCUUUGGGACAGGAGACUUGGGAAGAUCUCUGGGCCUGUGUCUGCUCCAGGCUGGCUACAGUGUGGUGUACGGCAGCCGCAGACCUCACAGCUGUGGCCCUUUGCCUCAGGGAGCUCAGGUGAUGAGCCAUGUGGCAGCAGCUCAGUCAACCAGCGUGAUCUUUGUUUGUGUUCACAGAGAACACUAUCAGUUCCUUGAGACAAUGGCACCUCAUCUAGAAGGAAAGGUGCUGGUGGACCUUAGUAACAACCUGAAGAAAGACAUGUACCCAGAAGCCAAUGCCACUUACCUGCAGAGACUUGUGCCCAAAGCUGCUGUGGUGAAAGGCCUUAACACACUGUCUGCCUGGGUCCUGCAGAAUGGAGUCCUGGCAGGAAAACAGGUGUACCUGUGUGGGAACACUGCAGAAGCAAAGCAGGCCGUAGCAGAUGUGGCCACUAAACUGGGUCUCACUGUUCUGGAUAGAGGGUCUUUGUCUGCAGCCAGGGAACUUGAGGACUUCCCCCUGCAGCUGUUCCCGCAGUGGAGGCUGCCUCUACGUGUGGCCGUCUGCCUCACUGCCUUCUUCUUCUUCUACCUGCUCAUUAGAGAUGUCAUUUAUGCAUAUGUUGAGCAGGGCAAAGAUGUGUCUUUCAGGAUAAUGGUGGCUCUUGCCAAUAAGGUGUUUCCCAUUGUGUCACUCGUCAUGCUGUCUCUGUGUUAUCUGCCUGGUGUCAUAGCUGCCUUCCUUCAGCUCUACAGAGGAACCAAAUACAAGCGUUUCCCUGAUUGGCUGGAUCGCUGGAUGUUGUGCAGGAAGCAGAUGGGUCUGGUUGCACUGGGCUUUGCAUUUCUCCAUGCCAUCUACACAUUCAUCAUUCCCAUUCGCUAUGCUGUCAGACACAAACUCAUCUCACGCGUGGUGGAUGAGAUGAAGAACAAUAAAACCACUCCAUUUUACUUUGAUAAUACAGAGGCAUGGGGCACAGACUCUUUCCUUGUGCUUGGAAUCCUGGGCUUCUUUCUCUAUGUCCUGCUCGGACUGACAUCUCUGCCCUCUGUGGGAGGCACCCUCAGCUGGAGAGAGUUCAACUUCAUUCAGUCUAAGCUGGGCCAUCUGACCCUUUUCAUAUGCACUGCCCACGGCUACAUAUAUGGCUGGAACAAAUUUCUUAAUCUCUCUACCUACAAAUGGUACACACCUCCGGGCUACAUGCUCUGUCUGAUCGUGCCGUCUGUGGUUUUGGUGCUCAAGGUGUUGCUCCUCCUUCCCUGCGUGGACCGCACCCUCACCCGUAUUCGACAAGGCUGGGAGAGGACUCAGAGCAAGGCCACCAACCUGUGAGCUGAGGUCGUCAGGGUUGUAGUUUGAUUACAGAGGAUUUCUGUUAUUUGUUAGUUCGGGGGGGAAAUUCUUAUUAAUGUAUAUACAUUGUACCUUAAGAAUACAGACGUUGUGGAUAAUGUUCUCAUUUCGCAAUAUGAAUGAUUAAAUCAAUCUUAAAUGUUGACUGUUUGGAACAAACAAAGAUGCACAACACAACAAUUAGUUCCAAAUAUUUCAUUUCGCUUAUGCCAGAUUGUCCAAUAGCCAAGUGAAAGAUACAUGAUUGCAGCCAAAUGGACACAUCUCUGUGGAUGCUAUUGUUGUCAAUGUCUGUUUCAAUUGAAUUUUGGAAAACAAAGCAGAGUUCACGUGUGUGAUUUAUCCUUUUCGCAGAAUGUGGCGAAAAAUAGAUUGCUAUUCUCCUGCUGAAAGCCAUUGUUUUGAUAAACAUAGACAAUAGUCUCCAUUUCCCCUGCUCCUCCUCCUCCUUCAGAGGGUGUGAUUGUGUCCCAGAGAUUGCUCUCUUUUCAGGAUGUUAUUGAUCUCCUCAUUUUCUGCCCCAAACUGCCUCUUCUGAAGGGCACAUAAACAGUAAACACUUUAUAUAUCUAUCUAUAUAUAUGUAUAUAUAUAUAUAUAUAUAUAUGUGUAGAGAGAGAGAUUUUUUCUUCUUCUCCUUUGUAACGAGAAAACAAGGGAAUUAUCAGAAAGAACAUCAGUCAUCACAACCUUAGGAAAGUUCAGACCCGUAGAGAUGACUGAGUCCUUUGUUGUGUGUGGGUGCUCUGUCACAUGCAAAGUUAGCCUAAGGGGCAACUGGAAAGCCUCAAGAUUCUCAAAUUGGCGAGUUGUAACCAGAAGUUCAGAGGCAUCACCUGAAAUCAGGCUCCUAUUAGACUCUCAGUCACAAGGGUGUCCACUAAUAUGUGCUGUACUUUAUCAUCUAGGGCUGAAACUAGACACUGACACUAGAUUUGACACCAUAGACUCCACAGGAAAACGUCUACUGAAGUUGUAUAUCAAGCGAGAAGUAGGCUCAUUUUCCCAUAGACUUCCAGUUUUUGCGAUCAACCGAGUCGCCCCCUGGUGGCUGUUCAAUGUAUUUUCGCUUUCUGAGAACGUCUAUUUUUUAUUAUGCAGUCUCUGGUUCGUCCAUCGUUAUCCAGAACACAGUUCUCUAGCGUUUUUCCAUUUAAAAACACCACUCGCACUGAAUACAGAUUCAUGUCAGAAAAUGCUUGCCCUCCCUGUAUCUCGUAUCUGCACCACAUCAGCUGGUGACACAGACAAUUGGGUGUGCUUUGCUUUUAUCAGGCUGAAGAUAGAGGAUGAUUCUAGGGGAAAGAAAAGUCAGCUAGUUUUUUUUUUUUUACUAAAAGCAGAACAUUCUAAGACGUACUGUUAUCUCGCAUCUAACAUCAUUAUCUGCACACACAAUCUGUAAUCCCUUACAUCCUUUCUCAUUGUUUUACUCUCCCAUCACCAAGAAGCUGCUGUUAAUUUUAGCCUGUUUCCUGCUGUGUGUGUGUGUGUGUGCGUGCAUGCGUGCGACGACAUAAAUGAGGCAGAGAAUUCCAAUAUUGCCACGGGUAAAAAUUGGGAUGUAGCAACAUACAGAGAAGCUGUGAAACAAGCAAACGUACAGUCAUUAUUUCCACUCACGUUUAAUUUCACUCACCUAGACAACCUUGAAACCCGUAACGAGAUUAUGUGUGUCCAGCCAUGAAGGGUUGACUCAAUAAGAGAAUAAAUAAACAGCUGAAAUUGCGGGUAAGGGCACAGAUCACGGACAGGAUUUAAUGAAGAAUUAAUCAAUGAAUCAUGUGUGAAAUAUACACUUGGUUGGUGAAUGAAAGGUAUAUAAUGAUGCUGAAAGUUGUGCGAAUGUUCGUAUCAAAUCGUACAGUGUAUCAAAAUGAUAGUAGUAGUUCUGAAUCACUUGACAUUUCUCAUCAGCAAAGUUGUAGGGAAGCCUGUUUUGCUUUUGUAAAGUAAAUAAAAAUGAUAAUGAACAAACGAUGUUAUUUUCCUUUUGUUUAACAGUAAAGAUUUUCUAUUCUGUUACACACACUAUGUUGUUUACACUAAACGACAUAGUAUGCUCAUUUCUUCUGCCGAGUGCAACUGGUAUCAUGUCUAAACAGAAACAUGUUUUAUUUUAAUGUCUUAAAUGUCUUUACUCAAGAUGAGACUUAACAAGAAGUUUUCCCUAAAUAGAUUUGGUCUACUGAUAAAUCCAUCCAUUAUCUACCACCCCCUGCGACCCUCCACCAAUAACUGGUUACUAACUCUGGUUACAUAAAAUAAGUUCUUCCAUACAGAUGAGAAAGUCCAACUCUUUAUGGCUAUUGGUGUACAUGUACCUUGGCCUUGUAUAGUAAGGGGCCAAAGGGCAUCCCAGGCACAUUGUCUGUUGAAUUAGACUUUGACAAUAAGCUCAAAAUCCCAAUCUCGCAGUGUGCUGAGGUAAAGGUUGCCCUUUAUUACAUCAGGAAGCGGCUCGAGUGCCAUAUGGGCCUUUUUCUGAGUUCUCACAGAGCACAUAAUACUUAAUUGAUUCUGCAGGAAUGUCAAAAGAGAGGCAUUUAGGGUGAGCAGUGUUACAUGUGCAGCUCUUAUCAUGCAGGCUAAAAUAUUGUGGAAGUCCUAGGAAAUGUGCGAGUCGCCCACAGUAUCACCAGAGGAAAACUCUUAAAAUGAGUAAAUCAAAAGAACUCACCAGUCCCUAAGUCACAAUACAGACCUAUAGACUUAGCCAUUAACAGACUGAUCAGUAUAAAUGGUUGAUUACUGAGUUUUGUGCUUCCUUCAUUCAUGCACUCUUAAGUUUUUAAAAUGAACAAACACUAUGGUUUAGAUUACCUCAUGUUUAUGAAGAAACUUCACAGCACAUUGCACUG